AAAAAUUAAUAAUAUAGAAAUCCGACUCUGCCCUUUGAUCAAAUCAGAUUGUCUUCUUCUUCAAAAAAAAAUCCCCAAUUCGUAACUCAGAAAAUGAAAUUGAAAAUGGUAGCCGUUGCCUCCAUAGCCAAUUCGAUGAAGAAUCUAAAGCUUCAAAAUACAGCUCCACAUUUAUUCAGAUUCCAGAGCAUUCGAACCCUCCUUCUCCAGUCAGCAGCUUCCGAGUCUGUCAAAUUGCACCAACUCACCGAUUCCGAUUCUGGAAUUUUGGAGGUUACUUUGGAGCGGCCUGAGACGAAGAAUGCUAUCGGAAAGGAUAUGCUGAGGGGAUUGCAGCAUACAUUUGAAGCUGUUUAUAAAGACCAUACGGCAAAAGUGUUGAUGAUCAACAGUUUAGUCCCGAGAGUGUUCUGUGCAGGUGCAGAUUUGAAGGAAAGGAUAACAAUGAACCCGUCGGAAGUUCAGAGUUUCGUGAACUCGCUACGCUCCACAUUUUCCUAUUUGGAGGACCUUCAUAUUCCUACAAUAGCUGUCAUCGAAGGCGCGGCAUUGGGUGGUGGUCUUGAAAUGGCGUUAUCAUGUGAUCUUCGGAUAUGUGGGGAAGAUGCUGUGCUCGGAUUACCAGAAACGGGACUUGCUAUUAUACCUGGGGCCGGGGGAACACAAAGGCUACCUAGAUUGGUGGGAAAGUCGACAGCAAAGGAACUUAUAUUUACGGGUAGAAAAAUUGGUAGUAAGGAUGCUUUAUCCAUGGGACUUGUUAAUUACUGUGUGCCAGCUGGCGAGGCUCGCGCGAAAGCUCUUCAUAUCGCGAGGGAUAUUAAUCAGAAGGGACCUUUGGCAAUACGUAUGGCUAAACGAGCCAUUGAUCGAGGGUUGGAGGUAGAUAUGGCAUCAGCUUUAGAAUUGGAAGAAGACUGCUACGCGCAGGUCUUACAUACGAAGGACCGAUUGGAAGGUUUGGAAGCAUUUGCGGAAAAGCGAAAGCCUAAUUAUACAGGCGAAUAAUUCAUUGAAGUUUUGGGUAUAUAUGAAAAUGCUCAAUUCAAUCGAAGAAAUCCGCCUAGAACAUCAAUAUCAACAUUCGUAGUUGUUCUUCGGAUCCGAAAAUUAAAUAAAUACACGGUACCCGCUUUCGUUGUUUGUUGUACACUUUGUUAAUUUCGUUUUGGAAAUUUA